AACCCACCUUCCCAGCACAGCUGAGCCGUCCACCUCUCCCGACUACCUGUCAGGUUGACUACCAGCUCAAAGGGGGCCCGCACGAUCCAGAGACCAUGUCAACUGAUGAUAAGACUAAGCCGAGCGACCCCAAGACCUCUGAGCCCAGACAAGUCGAUCCCAGGUGUGAACAAAAGUGUGAGUCCAAAUGCCAGCCCACCUUCUUAAAGAAGUUGCUGCAACGCUGCUCAGAAAAGUGCCCGCGGGAGAAGUGUCCUCCACCACCAAAGUGCCCACCGUGCCCCCCGCCGUGCCCUGUGCUGUGCCCCCCACCGUGCCCGCCACCACAGCCAUGCCCCCUGCCGUGCCCUCCCAAGCCCUGCUCCAAGCCUUGCCCUCCUAAGUGUGCCCCUGCCUGCCCACCCCCAGAGUGAGGCACCAUGGUUGUCACAAGCCACCACCACAUACCGCACCUGCGGCUGGAACCAACCCCUGACCUGACAAGUAAAGGUGACCCUCUGCUGUG